AUGCCUAAGGAGAAGUCCACCCGCAAGGCCGCCACUGGCGGUAAGGUCCAGCGCCGCAAGAAGGACCCCAACGCGCCCAAGCGUGCUCUGUCGGCCUACAUGUUCUUCGCCAACGACAACCGCGACAAGGUUCGCGAGGAGAACCCCGGCAUCAGCUUCGGCCAGGUCGGCAAGAGCCUUGGUGACAGGUGGAAGGCCCUGACCGAAUCCGAGCGCAAGCCCUAUGAUGCCAAGGCUGCCACUGACCGCAAGCGCUACGAGGAGGAGAAGAAGGCCUACGCCAACAAGGCUGCCGAAGAGGAGGAGGAAGAGUCGUCCUAA